AUGCUCAAGAAUAUUCUUUUACUAACUUUAAUAUUAUCUACAUUUUAAGCAACAGAUAUAUAUCUAGAAGAAGUAAUGGAUUGUGUAUAAAAUACAUGUGAACCUGCAAGAAGCAAUUGUGGUAUUGAUUAUGAUUGUAGGUAAUUGAUAAUUAUAAAACUGAUAGAUUAUCUUACAAUAAUUUUACUACUUGUAUUUCAUAAUAGUCUAGUGAAUCAGAUUAUAUUUAAUGUAGAACUAAUGGAUAUAUGACAUGGGUUAAGGUAAUGGAUUGUUAUAAUAAUUGUCAUUAUUUUGAACUUUUUGCAGUUCCAAUUUUGUUAUCAAUGGCUCUCUUUUUAAUAUAUAUAUGA